AUGGCGGACGCUGCGACUGAAAAGCAGGGCAGCUCACUGACAUUAGUGCUGAUGGUCGCUUCUGCUGCCUUUGGUGGGACUCUGCAGUACGGCUACAACCUGGCAAUCAUGAACGCACCCACAACCUUCAUUCAGGCCUUCAUCAACGAGACGUUUCAGGAGAGGUGGGACCUUCACCUGCAGGAGUACCAAGUGACGCUCGUCUGGACAAUCAUUGUCUCCAUCUUCUCGCUGGGGGGGUUGGCAGGUGCACUGAUCGCAGGACCUAUGACCAUACGCUUCGGGAGGAAGAAGUGCCUGCUGCUGAACAACAUCUUCCUCUUGUCUGGCGCCCUCUUGGCUCUUACCAGUCGAGCUGCCAGGUCGUUUGAGAUGAUCAUCGUGUCACGCGUCCUGGUGGGCAUUAAUGCAGGAGUCAGCAUGAAUGUUCAGCCUAUGUAUUUUGGGGAAAGUGCCCCCAAGCACUUGAGAGGGGCAGUCUCCUUGUCGUCUGCUGUGUUCACGUCCUUCGGAGUUGUGUUGGGACAAGUGGUCGGUUUGCGAGAGAUUUUAGGGAGCGAGCCGUGCUGGCAGUAUCUCCUGGCCAGCAAUGCAAUUCCAGGCAUCAUACAGCUCCUCACCCUGCCCUGGUUCCCAGAGAGUCCCAGAUAUCUGCUGAUAGAUCGAGGGGACAAAGAGGCUUGCCUCAAGGCCCUGAGGCGUCUUCGCGGCUGCGAAGUCCAGACCAGUGAACUGGCUGAGAUGCAGGAGGAGCAAGCCGAGACCCUGGGUGUGAGGCCCAGACGACCCUGGGAGCUCUUCCAGGAUCCCUCUGUCCGCUGGCAGCUCAUCUCUGUCAUGGUGGUCAGCAGUGCCAUGCAGUUGUGUGGCAAUGACUCGAUAUAUUUCUAUGCUUCAUACGUCUUUAAAGAAGCUGGAAUAUCUGAAGAUAAAAUCCAGUACAUCACCAUUGGAACUGGCUCCUGCGAGUUCACAGCCUGCAUAAUGUGUAACCUGUUAAUCGAGCGUAAAGGUCGCAAGUUCAUGCUGAUGGGCGGCUUCAUCCUGAUGACCCUGUGGGCCAUCGUCUUCACUGUUGCUCUGUCAUUUGAGCACGUCAUAUCCUGGAUGCCGUACUUGAGCAUGGCCUGCAUCUUCACCUACAUCCUCAGCUUCGGCAUGGGACCAGCCGGGGUCACUGGAGUUCUGCCGACAGAGAUCUUCAACCAAACCGCUCGACCAGCAGCCUACAUGGUAGCCGGGUCCAUGAUGUGGAUCAACCUCUUCAUUGUCGGAAUGAUCUUCCCGUUUCUUGUGAGCGGCCUGAGUCAGUACUGCUUUGUUCCAUUCGGCGCCAUCUGCCUGCUGUCUGCCCUCUACGUGGGUCUGAUUCUGCCUGAGACCAAAGGGAAGAGCUUAUCCGCCAUCACCAGAGAGUUCAACAAGCUCAACUUCAAGGAUCACAAGAAAAACACGACUGCAGAUGCAAACAGUCAACCUCAGCUUGUCACUGCUUCCACUCGGUUCUAGGAGAACUUGAAACAUCAAGUGGCCUGGUUUUGUUCAGUCGUUUGGCAUGAUGGGGGCUU